CCAUGACCUAUGCUGUGUGAAAGCAAGUGUUCUGUGGUCCUGCUCAUAACAAAAUAAAAUGUCUAAAAUGAACGAAGAAAGCAAAACGCAAAAGCAUUUUUUCAUGCAUUUCACGUAAUAUUUUGUGUUUUUUCUUAUUUCCUGUUAAUGAUUUUAAUACAUUGUGAUAAAGAGAAAUGGGUGAAGUAGAAAACGUUGAGUUGAGAACCGUAAAACACUCUAUUCCGAUAGAUAUUCUAAAUGACCUUCUAACGAGAUUUAUAAUAUGUGUGCCAGAAUCUGCUAAGCAGAACUUAAUAAGGAUAUGUUUUCAAAUUGAAUUAGCCCAUUGGUUCUAUUUGGACUUCUAUGUUAGCAAUGACAGUCGUUUAAAAGCAUGUAGCAUUUAUGAAUUUGCUGCCCAUGUAUUCCAGCACAUCCCCAACUUAAAAAGUGAAAGUCACAAACUUAAUGAAAUCCUUGAAGAAUGGAAGGAAUACAAAUUAAGUGUACCCACUUAUGGGGCCAUUAUUUUAUCUGAGAACUUAUCCCACGUUCUUCUAGUCCAAAGUUAUUGGGCCAAGUCAUCUUGGAGUUUUCCAAAGGGUAAAGUAAAUGAAGAAGAAAAUCCUGCACAUUGUGCUAUCAGGGAAGUACUGGAAGAAACUGGUUUUGACAUCAGUAGCUAUUUAAAUCCUGAAGAUUACUUUGAGUCAACUAUAAAUGAUCAACUAGUCAGAUUAUAUCUAAUAAAGAAUAUCCCGAUGUCAACUAAAUUCUGUCCAAAAACUCGCUGUGAAAUCAAAUCAUGUUCUUGGUUUGCCAUAUCUGACUUGCCAACCAGCAAAAAAGAUUCCACUCCGAAAACCAAAAUUGGUGUGAAUGCAAACGCAUUUUUCAUGGUUUUGCCAUUCGUGAAAAGACUGAAGCACUUCUGUAAUCUUAACGGCAGUACAAAUCAUCCUAGGCUUAGGCAUAAAUCAGCAAGUUUUUCUGAAAAUGAUACAGUAAACUCAAGAAGCAGGACAAAGUCAAUCCAUAAAUCUGACACUGACGAUAUGAGGCAUAUCAAAAAACGUACAGAAAGAAAACCACCUCACCAUUCUAAAAGGCAGCUGUUUGCCAAUGAGGAUAGUUUUGAUUCUCAGUUUUCGGCCCCUUCUUGGCUCAAUUUUAAAUUUGACAAAAUUGCCCUUAUGGAGUGCAUGCCCUAAGCAGAAAUUUUUUGUAACGUUCACAUUGUUGCUAAUAGAUGAUCUAUCAUUAAAACAAAAAUAAAGUACAAAGAAUUGCAUGAUAUUUUUAAAAUUAAGUCGAACUGUAUUUAAUAAUUUCUGCAAAGAGGUUAAAACAAUAAUAAAGUUAAAAUUAUAUAGUUUUCAUGAAACGUUUUUUAAGCUAUUGUAUCUAAGCAGUGCCGACUUUUUUUUAUUUAAAUGUGUGACUAAAUAGAAUAGCUGUUUAUUUUAAUGGUACAUCAUCUGUUAAACUUGGCAGUUGGAAACAAAUAUUAUCUAAAAAAUUCCACUCCAGGUAUUUAAUAUUAUAUAUUUUUAUGUGCAACAAUUUGACAAUCCUAGUGAUACUAUUUUUUUUGCGAAAUACCAAAACAUUUGGUAUAUUUAUUUUUAUAGCUUCUUUCAAAGUUUAUUCAAUGAAAUAAAGCGUAGAUUUUCAUUCUCAAAUAAUAAUUGUCCAAUAGCAAUGUUAUAGAUGUAUGUAGAAAUUUGACUUGAUUUUUUUUGUGGAAGCAGUCUUUAAAAUGGUGUUAUUUACAUUAUUGUGAUGUAAUAAUUUGGAAAUUUGAUUGGAGCAGAAUAUUUUAUAAAAUAAUACUCUUUACAUAAGCGGGUCUAAGUUAAUUUUUUGUCAUACUCAUUUAUGGACAAUGAAAAAAUAUGUUCUAUACAAAAUUGUAUUUAAAACUUAAUUUUCCAUUGUAAUUGAAGAAAAAUGAGUCAUGUACGAUAUAAAAUUGAUCAUCUAAGGCAGCGGUGUUCAAACGUUUUUACCGUCCCAUGUAACUAAACUAUUAAAACAUUUCUUAGGAUAGAGCUAGUUUCAGAAUGGUGAAGGAGUAAAAAAUAAUCGUUUUUGAAACUCUCAUUAUGUGAUGUUUUUUUUUUUAAUUCAUAAACAUGAAAAUUUCCCAUAGGAAAUUAUAAAAUUUAUCCACAAGCCCCUUAGAUGAAAACAAACUAAUUAAAUAUGUAUUCACCUAUGGGUGGGUUUUGGUAUUUUAGCGGCACAUUUUGAUUCUGACGCAGAUCUUGGUGAUGAUGAUUUUUUUGGCUAUUAAUUGAAGAGUGGAAGUAACAAAGGUGACAAGUGCCA